AUGAGGAGUACCACCGACAGUCUGGCCCUCCUAACAACAAACAUUCACCUAGCUUUUAGGAAAAAAGAAUUUGCAGUUUCGCUCUUUGCAGAUAUCUCGGGAGCUUACCCAAAUGUCAACCCUCAGUUACUGUGUGAGUCCCUCACUCAGAAGGGGCUACCUGCAUUCGUGAUCGAAAAUAUCAGAUCUUCACUAAUGAGAAGAAAAUUGAAAGCAACAUAUGGAGGAAUAUUAACAGAUUUUAGAUACACGAGCAAGGGCCUAAACCAGGGUGAUAUUUGGUCCCCAUUUUUGUACAUUCUGUUUACAUCAGACCUAAGGGAAGUUGUUACAGAGGACGAAGUGCUUAUGCUACAGUAUGCAGAUGACAUCAGCCUAACAGUUCGCCACUCAUCUCUAAGGGAAGCUAUCUACAAACUCCAAGAUGCAGCAAGGAACCUGGAGGAAAAGAUAUCACAAAAUGGAGCUACAUUAGAGCCAACAAAAUCUCAAAUGGUGAUUUUUACUAGAAAAACCAAAAUUCCUGAGCCUCAGCACAUAUUACUAAGGGGAGGGGAAGUCCCCAUAAAAAAAGAAGCAAAAUUCCUAGGAAUAACAAUGGAUCCAGCGCUAAAUUGGAAAACUCAUGUAGCUAACACCCAAGCAAAGUGCAGAAAUCGUUUAAAAUUUAUACGCUCACUGACAGGACAUUGGUGGGGAGCCCACCCAAUGACACUGAAACGCACCUACACCUCCUUAAUUCGACCAAUGUUGGACUAUGGAAUAGAGAUCUACGACCCUCAUUCCCAAGAGAUGUGGGCGAAACUUGAGAGCAUACAAAUGGAAGCAGCAAGAAUUAUAACAGGAGCAAUGAAGUCCACUCCGAGACAUGCUCUACUGGCAGAAACAGGAGAAAUGCCCAUUCAACUUCGACAGCGCUAUCAUAUCCAGAAAAGCCUCCUGAAAUGGCAGAAUGAAGGAAAUAAUAUUAGAACUCAAACCAAAUACAGACAUCCAUUGUUCAGAGGCCUCCAAGAUAUAUUAGUCCCUAAAGAUGAAAUUUUUUCUUCUGAAAUCCCCCUAUGCUAUUAUGUAGAUUAUGAUGCAAGGGACCUCACCAUCAGACUAUCAGCGGAUUUUCCUCCUGAAAACACCAUAACAGCAGAAGAAUUAGAGCCGAUUGAAAUUUAUAACAAACUACGUCAAGAUCAUUGGAAAAACUUUUAUGUGCUGGCUACUGAUGGCUCUCGUCAAGCAAAUGAAACUCCUUCGGUGGGCUCUGCUAUGGUAGAUGUAAACAGAAGUCCGGAAAAGGCCAUCAUAAAUAAACUCCAUAGUUUAGCUUCAGUGUACGACGCAGAAAUUAGGAUGCUACAGCUUGCAGUAAAUUAUCUACCUGAAAUAGAAAACGAGAGAAAGAUAUUAAUCCUUACAGAUAGUAAAAGCUUAGUAGCAGCCCUACAUAGAAGAGAUAUCUCACCAUAUGAACCUCCUGAACUCACCAAGUUAAGAGAAAGCAUCAGCAACAUACCAAAGCAUAAAGAUAUCUGGAUAGCCUGGGUCCCUGCACAUAAAAGCAUCCUGCCCAAUGAGCAUGCCGAUGUGGCUGCAAAAUUAGCAGCUACAAUGGGACUUCCUCAUAAAAUGCAGCAGAGAUACCAAAACUUCCUUCCUGAGGUCAGGACGCACUUCUACAAUGAAUGGCAACAGCUCAGAUGUACUGCAGCAAACCACCCAAUAAAACCGAUGGGAAGAUUCAAUCUUUCAUUAGACCGAGAACUUACGUCCCGUACAUGGAUUAGCCUCGCAGAUGAGUGUCCUCGUAUUUUUCUGUCACCCCUUAUGAGGGUUAGAAUGGGCCAUACUCAUGCGCCAGCAUCCCUUCAUAGAUUUGGGAUAAUAGACUGCCCUUUCUGCGACAGGUGCGGAGAAGAGGCUACAAAAGAACAUCUCAUCAACUCUUGUCAAUUCAUCGACCGCCUCCAUUUUUUCGAACAUCUACAAGAAAAUGCAGUACCAGAGCCUCACACUUUUCCAUCACUUCUCAAAACUCGCCGCCAUAUCAAGAUUGUCAUCACCGCCUUUGCCUUACUCUUCGAACACAACCCGCACCUAAAAUUAUGA